AAAUUACCAGUAAUUCGCCCGAUGGUGAAUCUGUUAUUUGUGUUUAACAAGAUAAAAGUACGUCGACAGUGUUUAAAUAUUCGAGUACUUGCAGGGUGGAUAGGCAUAGUCGGAAUAUUGGGAAGACAAAUCUAACGAAAUGAAAGGCACGAUUAUAAUAUUGAUGGUCGCAUCGCUCUUUGCAGUGUCAUUGGCUCUGCGGUGCAAUUCCGGGUUCGUCACGACGAUGAACGGACGACACUUAUCAGGAAGUGUUUACGAGCAAGAUUGUCCUCCAGAAACAAGCAAAUCUUGCCUGACUGCUACUGCAGAAAUGUCAAUGGGCGAAUCUACAAGCACAAAAGUCUACCUCGGCUCUUGCUCGAGCGAAUGUAGCGACGAAGAUGCAAGUUGCGAUGAAUUGUUAAGGAGCAUGAGAGGUCAAGAAGAAGAGGGAGAAGAGGUUACCGGAUUCAACAUCACCAACUGUAGCUUGGAUUGUUGCAACUCAUCUGAUCUCUGUAAUCCCACGUUUAGUCAAAACAUUUCAAUACCAGAAGCAGGACCCAACCAACGAAAAUGCUAUACCGGGUUACGUCAGACCAGUCCAAGCAGAGGUCUUUUAUUCGACGACACUCAAGCAGUUACGUGCCCAGUAAAUGAGCAGUUCGGGUCUGAUACGUCAUGUUUGUUGGCAUCUUUGGUGAUUUCAGAUGGUACACCGCAGAACACCGGGUCCAUGAUUCUCACGCAGUGUCAGCCUACUGUAGUAUGUGAAAGUUUCACCUGCGAUAUAGUGAUGCAGUUUGUGCCUGAAAAUAUCCGUGGAAUGGUCAAGUCCUGCGACAUGAACUGCUGCAACGGAGAUCUGUGCAAUAAGAAUUCAGCGAGUGCUCUGCAGCACCCACUAGCGACGAUGCUGACUGCCCUUUUACUUUGGUUUAGCGCACAAUAUUUAUAAGUGUGGUUGCACAAAGACGUGGAAUGGUGGUACCAGUAUUUUAAGAAGGACAUCAAUCAUUGUAAUACCACAUUCCAGUAACAAAACGCACUCGCAUAUUUAAAGGACAUACGAACACUACACAAAAACUCAAAUAGACAGAUAAGGUGUAUUCAUGCAAAACAUUUUUCAAGGCUUUCGUUCUUCAUAUUUUGUUGCUGUUUGCGUAGUUUUUCUUCAUUAUGAAACAUCUACCCCCUUUGUUUUGUGUUGUAAACCGUGUUUAGUUUAUAACGUACUACUAAUAGGAAUCGUUACUGUUACAAACUAUAUACAUUGUGAGAGUUUAAUACAAUUUGAAAAUGGUCUCCAGUCA